AUGGAAGACAAAAUAGCCCAAAAAGACUUUUUCAUAACUUAUCUGGAAAGACCUAAUAAUACCCCUUCUAACCUUGGAAUACAUUUGUUGCCUCCAUCGCCCCCAUUCGAUCUUCCCCCUUUCACGACUGCAUCUUCUCACACCGACGAUCUCUCCAUAGCAAACAAUUCCUCCAUCGGACGUUGGUCUCGCUCUACCUCCGCCGUUCCACGCUACCGUCGUCCCCGCCAUCGGCUCAUCAGGAUCAUUGAGGACACACCCAUUGCCUUAUCCCAACCUUUGUGCAUCUUUGUUGAUGGAAGUAGUGCCAGCGGUAGCAUCAAAUGGACCUCUACUCAAACUACACCCUCAGAUACAUCAUCUUCUUCUCAUCGUGUCCAAAGACUUCUGAUUGAUGACAACCCUUUUAAUGGCCUAGAUGAUGAUGAUGAUGAUGAUGAUGAUGAUGAUGAUGAUGACGCUUCCAAUGACACUAGUGCUCGAGCUCCUAGUGAUAAAGCUCAUGGUGGUUCUACUGAGAGGCCUAAUAAAAGGAGUAAAACCACUGAUGCUUCUAUUGAGAGGCCUGAUAAAAGGAGUAAAACCACUAAUGCUUCUACUGAGAGGCCCGAUAAAAGGGCUAAAACCAAUGAUGCUUCUACUGAUAGGACCAAUAUGGAUAAAGCCUAUAAAACCUCUGUUAGUCUUGAUGAGUUGAGUUUUGAUAUGCAAAAAGCUUUGCAACAUAUGGUGAAUAGCAAGGAAGGACCAACAGUAGAAGAAUGUUAUGAGAGGUUGAAGCUAGUUGAAAUAGACCCAACGGAUCCUAUAUUUUUGGCAGCCUUUCACCUUUUUGGAAGGUCCGUGAAUAUGAGAGAGGCAUGGAUGACAUUGCCACCGAUACCUGGGGUCUUAAAAGGGUGGAUAAAGAUGACUGGCACCACAUUAGGGAUGUUUAAGUAG